AUGGCUGGCGCGGCGAUAAUAGCUGACUCCGAUGAUGAGUCAGACGCCAAUACCUUUUCACCACCACCCGCGGGGCAGCUAGAAGAAUUGCACUCGUUUGCUAGCACCACUUCAGAACCUGUCAGCCUGGCCACGUCGUCAACAGAUCCCGUCUUUUUCCAGGGCGUUUACAAUGAGCAGCAGGAUGCUGCUGUCAGGGAGCAGCGUCUGAGACUCACCGGAGGGGACAUUACCAGUCUCCCGCUCACGGCGCCUACUGGGACCGAGCAAACAGAUCCUGUGUCGCUACCCUCGCAGUAUCCAGCAGGCACGCCAUCCGCUGUGGAAACGGAUCGUAUUCGCGCUUCCAACGUGACGAAAUCGGCCAUCAUGAGGGGAAAGAAGACGAGAAAAAUCAAUGCUACGUUAGCGGAUCCGUAUGCUUUCCCUAGCAGUCCAGAAGACGGUGAGAGCCAAGACCGACAUCACGCCGGCCUGCGUUCCUCAUUGAAGUCUCGCGAAGCUGUGGGUGCUGGCGUUCCCGACGAUGAGAACAUGGGGCCGCCCUCAAGGAAAAGACAGCGACUGGAUGAACGGCAAAACAACACCGUGGACAGCUCUCUACCACCUACUGCACCUCCAAUCUACAGCAGCAUUCCUCCAACAAUGCCUCCAAUCAUUGUCGAUGACACCAUUGACCACAUGGUUGCAGUCAAUUCAAGCAAUUAUUUGGCUCCAACAAUAGAUAUCAACGACGACCCGUCACUCAUUAUACAUCCGCGCGGCCUAACCAGCAGCCAGAAGGAGCAAUAUCAGGCGGUUGAACUUGCAAGGUCGAGUCACCCAGAGCAGCAAAAGGAGAACGGAGAUCUUCAAAAGCAGUCGAACCGCAAAUCUCAGCGCCAAAAGACACCAUCAAAGAAGUCAACUCCGUCCAUGAUGAGAUCGUCGAAACGACUAGCAAAGUCUCAAGCUGAACAAGGCCCUGCAGAGUCUGCUUCGCUUAGCACGCCGUCUGAUGCACAAGAGAUGGAGCAAGCAGUGGUUCUUCAUGAUCACGAAGUGGAGGCAUACGGAGAGAAUGAUAACCAGACCGUGAGCGAAACGAAGCCAGAGGACGAUGUUUACGAAGUACAACCAACGCCGGUCAAGCCGCCCAAGAAGAAGAGAGGCAGGCCAAAACGGGCAGAGAAACAGACGCAAGCGGCCCAGGAUGCGCAGUCGGAGCCAACAGAAUCCACCGAUGCUGGAAAGCCUGCAAAGAAAAGAGGGCGACCGAAGAAAUCCGAAGCAGCUGUCGUCGAGGAGCAGAACGAGGAGGUUUCACCCAUAGCAAAGGAGUCGGGGACGAAACUAAUAGCGGGCGAUGAGGCAACGAAUAAGACGGCUAUCACGACAGAUGGAGACGUUGAGAAUCUAACAGCGCUAAAGGACGUCAAAGUCGAUGACGAGAAAACGGCCGUUACACCUUGCGUUCUGGCGAAAGUGACACCGCAGAAACCAGCUGGCAAUCGAAUAGCAACGCCACAAACUGGAAGUGCGGGCAAACCACUGUACCGGAUAGGAUUGAGCAAGCGGUCAAGGAUCGCACCGCUUCUGAAAACGCUACCAAAGUGA